AUGGGGAGCCAAGUCAAAGCAACUACGUGGGCACGGUACCCCAAGCGACUGGCAGAGCAAUUAAGGAGGCAUGGCAUCCCCGGUGACGCGACACAAAGGUUGAUGUGUGAGGCAAGAAGCAGAGCGCGCAGAGGUGUGUUAGCUGCUGGAGUUUUAGUUCAGGUGUUGGAGGAGUGGAAGAGAAUGAAGGAGAUAGGUCUUCCCAUCACUGUCAUCAACUUGGUGAGCUACAUCAAAGGGAUGACCUCGGUGAUGUGCUUGGGCCGGUUGGGGCGUCUGGAGCUGGCAGGCGGCGCCCUGGCCGUAGGCUUCACCAAUGUCACCGGCUACUCCGUGCUCACCGGCCUCGCCAUGGGCAUGGAGCCCAUGUGCAGCCAGGCGUUCGGCUGCCGCAACCUUCCCAUGGCGUCUCGCAUCCUCCGCCGCACCAUCCUCAUGCUACUCCUCGCAUCCCUGCCCAUCUCCUUGCUGUGGAUAAACAUCAAGCCGAUCAUGCAGGUCGCCCACCAAGACCCCGACGUCGCCCGCAUCGCCGCCCUUUACUGCCGCUUCGCCCUUCCUGAUCUCCUCGCCAACAGCGUCUUGCAGCCCCUCCGCGUCUACUUUAGGUGCAAGGGCACGCCCUGCCCCCUCAUGUGGUGCAUCUCCCUCUCCGUCUUCCUCCAUGUCCCCAUUACCGUAUUGCUCGGCUCCGCCAUAGGGGUGCCGGGCGUGGCCAUAGCCACCUGCCUUACCAACUUCAACACCCUCUUCCUCCUAGCUUGCUUUGCAUGCGCUCCAGUAACAGUGGAGACCUCUGUUUACAUGCCGAUCCCAACAUCGGUACCCUGCUGUUCUAGCAAACCAUCGUCAACGGAGUGGGCAUCGCUGAUCCGAUUGGCAUUGCCCAGCUGUUUGUCCGUCUGCCUCGAGUGGUGGUGGUACGAGCUCAUGACCGUGGCCUCCGGCUACCUCAGUAACCCUCACGUCAGCUUGGCCACGGCCGCCAUCGUUAUACAAACUACGUCCUUGAUGUACACGGUCCCAAGCACGCUGAGCACGUCGGUCUCAGCUCGUGUUGGGAACGAGCUCGGUGCCGGCCGGCCGAGGGGAGCGCAGACAUCUGCGACGGUGGCCAUCGGCCUCGCAUUUGCAGGUUCGUGCGUCAGCUUGCUAUGGGCCACGAUGGGAAGGGAGGCUUGGGGGCGAGUCUUCACGGAUGACAAGGAGGUUCUCCGGCUCACCAAGGCGGUGCUUCCGGUGAUCGGGCUGUGCGAGCUGGCGAAUUGCCCUCAGACGACCGGGUGCGGCGUGCUCCGGGGCAGCGCACGCACCUCGGUGGGCGCCGCCAUCAACCUGUACGCCUUCUACUUGGUUGGAGCCCCGGUGGCGUUGGUGUUGGCCUUCUGGUGGGACAUGGGCUUCGUCGGUCUCAGUCUUGGGCUCCUUGCAGCCCAAGCGGCGUGCGCCGUGUCGGUACUCCACGUGAUUCGCAAAACGGAUUGGGAAAGAGAGGCCUCGAAGGCUGCGGACUUGGUGGGGAGGGAAGCUCCUAAAGUGACCAUGGACGAAGAGGAGGACAAAAUUGGGCUGCUGAAACGUGAAGGUCUUCAACCUUGAAGCAGAUGUACAGCAUCUCUUAUCUCUUAUUCGGGGAUAUUGUGGAAGU